AUGUUAUCAUUUGUUCAUUAUGAAGCCAGACAGAAGAGUCCAGUUCCAUUGAAAGGUGGUGACGAUUGUUCUGGUGCUUAUUUGUUCCUUCCUAAAGGUCCUGCAAAACCAGUAGAAUUAUCUAAUAAUUAUGCAGUGGUUGUUGGUCCCCUAAUGAGUAAGGUUGUUGUAAGAAGUGAGAAAUCAGUUCAUUUGGAUCAUACAGCUAUUGUUUACGCAGGUGUACCAUAUCUGCAUUUAAAAAACAUAUUGAAUAUUGCUAAUCAACAUAAUUUUGAAUUGGCAAUGCGUUUGAAGACGUCCUUAAAUAAUGGAAAUCUGUUCUUUACAGAUCUGAAUGGUUAUCAGAUGAUUAAACGAAGACGAUUUUCAAAACUGCCUCUUCAAAGUCAUUUUUAUCCAAUGCCUACUGUUGCUUUUAUUGAGGAUGAAAUUACGCGAGUUUCAUUACUAACAGCUCAACCAUUAGGUUUUUCAAGUUUAGAAUCAGGUUGGAUGGAAGUAAUGCUUGAUCGACGGCUGGAUCAAGAUGAUAAUCGCGGCCUUGGCGAAGUACGUUUUACAGCUGUUCUCGACAACAUAGCAACAACAAAUGAAUUUCGUUUGUUAGUUGAACCACUAAAUAGGCACACUGAAAUGCCUUGGUCUCUGUUUACCACGGGUUAUCCAUCAAUGACCUCACAUUAUGCUUCUCUUUCUUUAAAUUAUCCUAUUAUCAUUAUGCAUGGAAAUCGAAGCAAAGAGUAUGCCAGUUCAUUUGUUGGCCUUCGUUCACCAGUGCCUUGCGAUAUUCAUAUGGUAACACUCCGUACUUUAUCCGCACCAACGAUAUAUAACGAUAAAUUAUCUCGUAAAAAGCACUUUUCACGACCUUCGCAAGCGCUUAUUUUACAUCGUUUUGUUGUUGAUUGCCGUUCUUAUGUUCACAUGAAUAUGAAAUGCACAAGUGGUGGAAAUUUCAAUUUGUCGUCGUUGCCACUAAAUAACAUUAUAAAUGUUACUGAAUCUUCAUUAACGCUAUUGUUUGAUGGAAAACAACUAAAAGAUGGAAUCUCGAUCGAACCAAUGGAUUUGCUUACGGUGAAACUUGAUUUUUCUUGA